CACUAAUACGUAGCAGCCUUGAAAAUUUGACGUGAAGCGCCCACAACAAUCAAGCCAAGAUGUCUGAUUUUGAGACCGACUUGACGAGCAGCGACAAAGAGCUGCAGGAGUUUCUGAUGAUGGAAAAACAGAAGGCGCAGGUCAAUGCACAGAUACACGAGUUCAACGAGAUCUGCUGGGAGAAGUGCAUUGGAAAGCCCAGCGCCAAGCUGGACAGCGCCACAGAGACGUGCCUGAGCAACUGCGUGGACCGCUUCAUCGACACAUCGCUCCUCAUCACACAGCGCUUCGCGCAGAUUCUGCAGAAGCACGACAUGUAAGGCCGGAGGAAGCAUCCAUUUGGCAGCCGACAGCCGACCCAAUGGACAGGACUGUCUUUGUGUUGCGGCUGCUGCAUCCAAUGUCCUACUGUUAAAACUAUUUUUAAAAAACUACCAAGUAAGAAUUUUUUUGAUGUGUCUUCGGUUGGACGGACCCGCGGACCCAUGUACUCCCCUUACAAACCAAGAAAACAAACCCUUCCGUUCACCCGGCAAUAUUCCACAAAUUGGACACGCCUCUCAAUGCCUAGACAGCAGCCGGUGCUAAUUUUCCCCUCUGCCAGCCGCCGUGCCAUGCCUGUGGGCCAUUGGAGGGACGACGUCGACGACCCACAAAAGCCGCCAGUACAACUUCAGUGUUCUAUAGCCCCGUAUAUAAUAACAAUAUAUACAUAAAUAUAUGGUUCUGUUGUUGGCUUAAAGUUAGUUGGAAUGAAAACAUAAUAAAUGCUACCUUUUGA